AUGCAUACUAUGAAGUGCGUGACUGUUGGUGACAGUGGUGUUGGAAAGACCCGUCUACUCCUGACCUACAUCAACAAGAUCUUUCCCAGGGAUUACUUAAGUUCCUUCGAUGUAUUAACAACCCAAGUAAACAUUGAUAAACAGACUGUCAGUCUAAACCUUGUGGACUCUGCUGGCAGCAAAGACUAUGAGUACAUUCGCUGUCUUUCCUACACCGAAGUCCAUGUCAUCCUCAUCUGUUUCUCCAUCGCCGACCCAACUUCAUUUAGUAAUGUCAGCCUCAAAUGGGUUCCGGAGGCUAGACACCACCGCCCAGGUGUGCCGAUUCUCCUUGUGGGGACCAAGAGUGACCUGCGUGAUGAUCAGGAGGUCUUGAAAAAACUGAAAGAGCAGAACCAGACCACAGUCAGCCUGGAGCAGGGGGCACAGCUGGCGAAGCAAAUCAAGGCUGUUGGAUAUCUUGAAUGUGCCUCGAUCAACCAGGUUGGACUGGAUGAGAUAUUUGAUGAGGCUGUGCGGGCUUUUCUUAAUCAUCCCAAAACUAGAAAGAAACCCUGUGUACUCAUGUAAGCUUGGUAACUGUUUGAUAGUUUUUUGGAACACUUUUGGAUUUUAUCUAUGUGAGAUGGUGAUGAAGUGUUUAUAAAAUUAAACCAUAGGAAUGAAGAAUUUGGCCAUUACGUGCUAAUCAUUGGGUUCAUCAGAUCAAUUUUUUGUCUUUUAUCGAGAUAGCAAAAUAAUAAUGCAAAUAAUGCUACUGUAGUACCUGUGUGCUGCAACAUGAUUUCAUUCAUUUUUAAGGAAACUUAAAAAAGAAAAAAAUAAAGCUCAGUUCUGCUGAUUUCCUUUUCACAGAAAACAACAUCCAUCAAACAAGGGAGCAGAGUUUGUUUGACUAGGAUGGCUAAACUGGGGUACAAGGACUUAUACUGGAGAGGCAAAAAAUUAAAUAAUGUACCAUUACUGUUUUCAGUGAUCAUACACAGUAGGGUAUACCUUGACAACUAGCAUCAGAGCAUCAUUCAGAUGUUCUAUAAGUUCAAAAAGACAAUAUCUACCCAAAAUUACAAUGUACUGAGGAAUAAUACAAACAGACCCCUCUACACUUAGUGUAAGAUCAACUUAUUAGCAGGUACUCAUUUGUUACCAGUAGGCUAAAUGUAUUUUUAACAGUUGGACAGGGUGGAGACAUUUCCUCAUUUUUGAUGGACUAUUCCUCUCGUUUUCAACUGUCUCAUAAAAAGGUAUUAAUUUUUUUAUGUUUGAAGUGCCAAUAAAAGUCGGUGUGUUUUGUUAAUCUUUCUCUUCUUUUCUUUUUUUUAUUUUAUUUUGAAGGGCCGUCGUUCGGCCCUAUGAAACUGUUUAACCACAAUAAAAAUAUUACGGGGAUAUAAGGUAGGGAGGAGGAUCGGAGUUUGAGUGCAUGUCUUGUGCUUUCAUAGGGGACCAAUUUUUUUUUAAAUAGAGCCGUAAACUAUUGCUCAGUAGAUAAGAAAUAACACAUCUUAUUAUGAAAAAUUGAAAAAGUGUCGUGCCCCGGAUAUGGUUCAGGUUUUAUUUCCGGAUGUUGCGCCUUGUAUAUUGCGUUUUGAAUUUAGCUGUGUAACAUUGAAACCUUCUCCUUUUUAAAAUUGUCUGUAAAGUGAGGAAAUUUGAUAGAAAAAAAUGGCAUGCUAUCUUUAUUAACAGCAGACGGGUUGCUGGAAGUUUAGGGAACUGUCGAUAAAGCUCGAAAAUAGCUCAAGUAGCUAACAGUAGUCCACGUUAAGCUUCUCCGCUGACUUCACGUCUCCUCUUCAGGUAAUAAUUCAGCUAUUAUAGCCUGUACAGACAUAAUAAGUUAACAGUCUUCACUUCGAACAUGUUUUGAAGAAUAUUUUUGAUGAUUAAUUUAUAUAAUACCAGUGACUGUUGGGUUUAUGAUAAAAUGAUCUCAGCGUCCUGGUGCUGGAUCUCAAAAUUCAGCUAAAACUGGUUCAUGUUUAGACCUGCUGUGGAUGAACAGAGCAAUAAAUCUGCAUGUUACUGUUACACUGACGAAGAGAGAGUCAACCUCAGGCAGUAAAUUACAACAGCAGGUACCGAUCGACUAAUCUGACUGGAUAAGAGGUCCUGCAUCGGUACAGAUACUGAGAAGUUAAAAAAAUCCCUUUAUGUCCACAAUCACAACACUCUGCUUUGGACUGAUACUUGCAAUACAGUCGUUUAAGAUUACAACAACUGUGUUUGGGGCAGUUAAAGCUGGUCAUUGUAAAAGCGUUGGUUAAAAGAUAGAUUGAAAAAUAUGAUUGACUGUACUUGAUACAAAGCGGCUGCUCCGUGGACUCAAACAAUGCAGCAGAGUCUGAGGGGAAGCUCUUGGUUGCUUAGCAACAGGAAUGGAGUUUAAACUAAGUUGUCGAAUAAGUGCAAAAAUAUGUCCUUUUUUUUACCAUAAUUUGCAGCUUGUUAAACCGUAUAAGAUUUACCACAUACAAGGUUGUGACGAUGUGCUCAGUGACUCAUUAUCGAAACCCCUCCUUACAGUUUUCCUACAAUAACAACCUUGUAAAUGCUGCUACCCUUGCAAAGGCUGAUUAUUAUUAAUAUUUUUUUGUUCUUACCCUGGGUGUCACUUCAUUACAGGAUGUCUAAACUUGAACGUUUGAAUGCCCGUGUGACCAAACUGUUGACUGAUGCAGUGCAGGAGGUUCUGGAGGUGGUCAAAGAGACUGUGUCAGAAUAUCAGUCAAAAACUGCCCGAACACAGAGAGAGAACAUGAGUCUGAAGAGGAGACUGCAGGAGCUUCAGGAUCAGAUAGCAAGAGAUAACAUAGGUGGGUAAGGAAAGAAACUCUCAUGAUCAUCUGACAUUAAAGUUAACAGUAUUAUGACUGAUAUGUGGAUUAGCCUACUUGUUUAAUCAGUUUUAUUCCAUUGGUAUUCUCUUUCACAGCUGCUCCACCCACAUGUCAUCCAUUACCUAAAGAAGGAGUAGUACUUAAUGAAGAGCAGAGCUUGGACGUUGAAUUUAGUCCUAAUACAGAACCAGUGCUGGAUCCUAACCAUGAAGUAAAGCAGGAAUCCAAACAACAGGAAAGCUACAAUAACACUGAACAACUCUCUGAGUGCGACUCAGAGCAAGCAGCUGAACAUUGCAAAGAACAACCAGAGGAGUUGGCUCACAUUACUGGGGAGACAACAACAGGCCACACAUCACACAGGGCUAGCAGAGACACUAGUGCUGAGAUAUCUAUUUCAGCAUGCACCUCACUCUCUAUCACCACACCUGGGGUGAGCUUGGCUGUGAUUAAAAGAGAGCCAGAAGCGACAGACUGCAUCACUUCAGAACAGACAUCUCUUCAGAAACGGUUCAGCGGAUGUGUUGACUUAAGCUGUAACUCCUCUCGCCUCAACUCAGGCACACACAGGUCACAGGUCAGCGCAGAAUCUCGAGGACUUCUCUUUGUCCACUCAAACCAUGCCUUAACAAGGAGGCUUGGAUAUCCCAAGACCACCAGGACUGCUCUUGAUGGGAGAAAAAUCAGGUUAGAGCCUUUCAGGAGAGAGGAAACACACCUGUGUGUUGUGUGUGGAAAGUCUUUCAGCAGAGUUGGAAACUUGAGAAUCCACCAGCGUUGUCACACGGGGGAAAAGCCAUAUGGCUGCAUUCAGUGUGGGAGGCGCUUCAGUCAGGCUGGAGACCUGAAAAAACAUAAAAGAGUCCACACAGGGGAGAAACCAUACUAUUGCAACCAGUGUGGAAAGAGCUUCAGUCGAGGAGAGAACCUAAAAAGACACCAAAAGAUCCACAUAGGAGAGAUUUUACAGUUACAGCAAGUGUGGAGGGAUCAUCAACCCUAA